UUAUCCGAGACAUACCCUUGAAUUUUAGGGUCAAGCCAUUUCUACUGUACUCAUUUACCCAUUUGCUAUGCUGUGAUAUACUGUUAAACACAGUUUUUAUUUCACCUGCAAUUAGCAAAGAAUAAGUGCUACCUACUUUUCCUCUAGUAGUAUAGAUAAAAACUAUUUUUGACCACAUUAUGUAUGAACUUAGUAAUCUCUAAUGCCUACUGCCUUGUGAAUAUACUUGUAUUUAUUUCAAAUCUACCUUAGGAAUGUGAUACUUAAGUUAUAUCUAUAUGUUGGUUAUAUUUUUUGAUUUUGUAUUGUUGCUUUUUAUUUUGGAUCUGACACAUGCACUAUGUAAUUUGAUCUCAACGGUUAACUCCAUUCAAAACUGUGAACCUGGAAAUGUAAGAUAGUUGAAGUCAACUAUAAAAUGAAUAAGAUGACAACUGCUUCAUAUAUAAACCGUUUUACUAAUUAUAUGAUUUAAUGUUUCAUUUGUAUUUUCCAUGGUUCAGUUGAUCCAAUUUACCUUUGAUUUGUUUCUCUUCGUUGUAGCUCACCUGGCACAAAAAGCCUGAGCUUCUGAGAUUGUGUAAAGUCCAUUGUAUGUCCUUGUGGUAUCAGUUUUCCUUUUACAAAUUCUUCUUAAUUCAGAUUAAUAAAAUACAGGGUAUUGAUAAUUGGCAUGUGGCUUGCUUUGGCAAGAGUUACAUACUUUGUUCAAAUAAAGACUAUAAACCACUUUCAAGGUCACAUGUUGAGUAAAAUGUGUAAAUUACUUCAGAUAAUGUCUUUGAAAAGUUCUUAAAAUCUAGAGCAAAAAGAAUUUCACUUGUAGUUUGCUAGAAUAACAGACUAUUCAAUUUGUUCAAAGAAAUGACAAUAGCGAACUGUGAAUGUCACACGAUUGAAUACAUUUCAAUUCUUCCAAAAGAAGAGAUUAAAGAAUCUAGAAUAAUGACAUUUUAUCUGUAGUGCAAGCUUUCUUUCUAUCAAAUUUCCAUAAAAAGAUUGGCCUUGACCCACUGAUGCAAGUGAGAUAGGUUUGCCGACGUCAUUCUGCAACAGAUUCCAACAAUAUGCAGAUCCUGACCGUUUCGUUGCUGUUAUGUUUAUCACUAGUUGAGUCGUCAAACCACCAUUACUACGAAGGGUCCAGUUCUGACCAUGACUGGGACAUCUUCACCUUCACACAGGAGUGGCCAGUGGCCGUCUGCGUCCUCGGCACGCACGAGCACCAUCGAUGUGUGAUCCCGCCCGAUGUCCGCACCUGGGGAAUACAUGGUCUCUGGCCGACAAAGAGGGGAACCAGAGGUCCGACAUCCUGUAACAGCCACCUACAUUUUGAUUUCAAUAGUAUCAAGUCGUUAGUGCCAAUAAUGAAAGUGAUGUGGCCGAACAUGUACGCCGAUACCAGCAUGGAGAGUUUCUGGGAGCAUGAGUGGACGAAACACGGCACAUGUGCUUCUACCCUUCCUGCUACUGGUAGCGAGUCCCUGUACUUUCAGAAGGCGCUUGACAUCGCUGGAACCUAUGGCGCGUCAAAACUUCUUGCGAAGGAAAACAUAGUACCAAGUUCAUCACGGACCUACACGCUAGAGGAAAUCGAAACUGCCCUGACCCAUCAGAUAGGAGCCAACGCCAUCGUCGAGUGUACCAAGGACGAGAAAACUGGUAAAAUGAUGCUAUACGAGGUGGAGAUAUGUUUUGACAAACAAUUUAAUCCCGUCGAUUGCUAUGAUUCUAACGGAAGCAACGAUUACCAUACUGACUGUCCCCACUCAGAUUUGGAGUACCCUCCACUGGGAACCAGCGGCUUUGUCUCUCCUAUCGCAGGGUAAAUCCCGAUCGUCUUCUAAGAGUUAUUGUUGAUGAUCAAUGGAAAUUUGGAAUGCUAAUUAGCGUUUUUGAGAGAGAAUUUGAUAUAAUCAUGGCUAAUGUAAUAUUUUUCAAUUAAUAAAAAUUACAAAAUCAAA